AUGCAUUCAGGCGAAAUAACAUUAUCAUUAGAUGUUCGUUUUACGAAUCGGAUAUUGCAUUUUAUUGUUAAUCGAGAUGACCAAAAAUAUUACUAUAUUGAGGAUCAUCAUGAGAAGUCAGUGCGGGAACUGAUAGAGUGGCAUCAAACCACCAAGACACCGGUAACCUCAGCAAGCGGUGCUAUUUUGAAGAAUGCAAUCAGCAAACCAAAAUGGAUUCUUAAAAAUGAUUCGAUUCGAAUGACUAAGAAACUUGGAGAGGGUGCAUUCGGAGAGGUAUAUUUAGCUGAAUUUGUACCAGAUAAUGGUAAAUUGAUAAAAACAGCAGUGAAAACAAUGCGCGAACAUUGCACACGUGAUGCACGUCUUAAAUUCAUGAAAGAGGCACGCAUAAUGCGUAAAUUCUCGCAUCCGAACAUCGUUCAGAUCAUUGGCAUCGUCGUUGAUGCACAUCCACUGCUCAUUCUCAUGGAGUUGUGUCCUGGUGGGUCGGUGCUGUCGUAUCUUCGUAAGAAUCGUGGUCGGAUCAAUGCAUCGUUGAAAUUGCGUUUUACUGCUGAAAGUGCCGAUGGACUAGCUUAUCUUGAAUCUGUUAAAUGCAUUCAUAGGGAUAUCGCAGCCAGAAAUAUUCUUCUAUCAGAAUCACAUCAAGUUAAAGUCAGUGAUUUCGGGAUGUCCGAUGAAAGAACUAUUGUGCAAGAUGAGAAACUUGAUAAGGUACCAAUAAAGUGGUUGGCGCCAGAAACAAUGCAACAACGUAUCUACUCGAAUAAAACUGAUGUUUGGUCUUAUGGAAUUAUGGUUAAUAUUUCAAAUUCCUAUUAUUCGUUGGCCGUUUGUGAAUUUUCAGUGAAUUUGCUCAUUUCAAUCAUCUGCGGACAACGUGAACACUCAAAAAUUAAGAGUGAGAAUCGAUAA